CCCCGCACUGGCAUGGCGGCUCCGCGUGGGCUCGAGCGGCCGCGGGUUGGCCGGAAGUGAGGCUCCGAGCCCCUGCGCUGGGUGCGCGCUCGCUGCCCCCCGCUCGCCAUGGCCGGGAUCCUCUUCGAGGACAUCUUCGACGUGAAGGACAUCGACCCCGAGGGCAAGAAAUUCGACCGGGUUUCCCGCCUGCAUUGUGAAAGUGAGUCUUUCAAGAUGGACCUAAUCCUGGAUGUGAAUAUACAGAUCUACCCCGUGGACCUGGGUGACAAAUUCCGCCUAGUUAUCGCCAGCACCUUGUAUGAAGAUGGGACCCUGGAUGAUGGGGAGUAUAACCCCACUGACGACAGGCCAUCCAGGGCCGACCAGUUUGAGUAUGUGAUGUAUGGGAAGGUUUACAGGAUUGAGGGAGAUGAAACAUCCACGGAGGCAGCCACACGCCUUUCUGCCUACGUGUCCUAUGGGGGGCUGCUCAUGAGACUCCAGGGAGAUGCCAACAACCUGCACGGCUUCGAAGUGGAUUCCAGAGUUUACCUCCUGAUGAAGAAACUGGCCUUCUAACCGCAGGGGGCCGAGCAGCUGGGGACCGCGGCUGCACCUGGGACCCUGCCUCACACACAGGCUUUGCAAAUAGACACGGUCUUGCUGGCCGGGACCGGGACCCUUGUAUUCAACGGCCAGUGGAUUUCAGCUCCAUUGGCCCAUCUGGACCCUCUGGAGAGAUGCAUGGCAAAAGCCUGCACCAUUUCCAGCAGGCCUUGUGUUUUGUGGCCUGUCUGGUGGCUGGGAGCAGGACAGGGAGCCGUUACUGAGCCAGCCCCACCUGCUUCUUUACUGAAGUGGGUGCUUCGGAUUUGUCUCUGCUUAGAUCACGCUAGCAAGUGUGAGACCGUAACGUAGUGACGCAGCUAAAACCACUGGUGUUUAAGACGAGGAGUUCACGCCUUUCCGCACAGUGGCUUGUUGGUGCGCAGACAGGACUGCGUUGGUCACUUGUUUCAGGCAUCGCUGCACUAGUUACACUGGAAGGUUUCCUUUGUGACUCUAAGAGCUAGAGACACUUGGUUCUGUCUCUGAGUUGACUCUGCUCCUGUCCUCCAUUACCCACGCCGGUCAUUGCUGGCUAUAUCCAGACCGUCACCCUGGGUUACGACUGUGCAAAGUUUUGGGGCCCGCUGCUUGUCCAGCCGCACUAAAAAGGGGAGAGAGCGCCCCCUGCUGGAGAACUUGUGCUCCAAGUCUUCCAACACAUGGGGUGGGUCUUAGUGACCAGCCACAGGUAGAGUUUGGCCAAUGCAGCUAUGGCAAUAAAGGUCCUUGGCACCGGCAAAAAC